GUUGCUUGGGAAAAUGGAGGACAACCUUAGGUCGGAUGUUUACAAUUAGAAAUUUGCCGAAUAAUGGAUAUUUCGACCAUAUAACCUCCGAGAAUUGUUCAGUUACAAUUUUGUUAAAACAAUAAAAUUGAAACUAAUUGUUCGAUAGUAUAUAUCAGAGGGAAAUUCAAUAAGAAAGAGGAUUUUCAUCUUAAAUCGUUACCACAACACUGGAAAAUGGCGCUCGAAAGGGCGAAGGACAAUUUUAUCAUUCCACCAAUUCCAACAAAGUGUGUGCCAACACCGCUGCAAAGCUGCAGCAAGACGCGGGGUCUUCCAGGUCUGCCUCCCCUUCCACAGGCAGUCAAAGAACCUUCAGACCUCUACAAGAUCGUGCUGCGUAACAGUGAGCACCCACCUAUUAUGAAGGGGACAUCAUGGACCCUGGCAGCCCCGUUCAAAGAACAGAAGUUCCACAGGACUCCUAGCGAGUCAAUCGCUAAUAACUAUACACCAUCCGCAAGUGAUCUCAAAAUGAAAGAUUUGCCAAAGUUACAAAGACAAAAAACUAGAGCAUCAAUAAAUGGUCCGUUGAUGCAAAGUCCGAGACGUCCUAACCGCAGUAAAACAUUUCUAGAGAAAAUACCAAAUGGGAAAGCUACAAAUGGACAUGCUCAAAAUGGGUUUGUAUUUACCCUUAUUUCUAUGUAG